AUGGGUGGUCAGCAAGUCAAAUCCGUUUCGAUCCAUCCCGUGCCACCACUACUCCCCCCACCUUCGAAACAAGUUGCCAAAUCUGAGAUGGGAAGCAAAAGCAACCCCGCCGAUGAGGUCUGCUCCGAUUCCAUAUCCGUGUGGCUUGACUGGCCCGAAAGCCGUGUGGUGCAGUUGAUCACCGACGGUGGGGUUAAGCGGCGUGUUAACCUUUGA